CUGUUUCUCCCUGUAUCAGUUUAAUAACAUUUAAUGCCAGCUUUACAGAGGUUUCGAAGAUAUUCUGGCCGCCGCUGCUCUUUCAUAUAUUGAACAGACAUACUAUAUUAAGAAGAAGUCUGCUAAUAGACGAAAGUGAGGAAAAAUGGACACUGCGGAAGAAAACCAAGACAAAAGUGAGCAGAAACUGCAGUCAGCUGCCUCGUUUAAAGCCUUCAUGUUGAAAAACAGCACGAAAAACAACAUAAACCUCUAUGACCACCUUACCCGGUUGCUGAUAAAGGUAAUGGAUGAGCGUCCACAGGAUGCGGUGGAUGUAUUUGAGGACAUGAGCCGUGAUGUGAAACGGGGAUUAUUUGAACAAACGCAGAGCACCCUUCGGGACUCUCCACAGACUACGCCUGCUGAGGUGCUGGCUGAGCAGCAGCGCCCACUGUUUUCUCAAACAGGAGAGACGGAUCAGGAGGAGGAACUGGGGGACAUGCUUUUUCCCAACGUCAGUGAGAUCGGUUUCUACCUGGAGCAGGUGGGAGUGGGUCUUGGCAGAGAGGAGAUGCAGAGGGUCUUUCUCGCUCUCAAACAGCUUGUUGAGUCACAGGCACUGCUUCAUUGCCGAUUCUGGGGUAAGAUUCUGGGAACAGAGAAGAGCUAUAUUGUUGCUGAAGCUGAAUAUCGAGAGGGGGAGGAUGAAGAGGAGCAGAGUACAGAGGAUGCCAAUGAGGAAGAGGAGAGUGAGGCCAAGACCAUGGAAAAUGAGGUUGAUCCACCACCUCCAUCAUCCUUUAAACCCCAGCCUGUGGUCCCAAAUGAGGCUAUAGGAACAGGUGCUAACAAGUGUGUGUACUAUGUGUGCAAUGAACCUGGUCUUCCCUGGGUAAAGCUGCCCCCAGUCACCCCUGCACAGAUCACUGUUGCACGUCAGAUCCGUAAAUUCUUCACCGGGAAGUUGGACAACCCUGUUGUAAGCUAUCCACCAUUCCCUGGAAAUGAAGCCAACUAUCUUAGAGCACAGAUUGCUCGUAUCUCUGCUGGAACACAGGUCAGUCCCCAGGGCUACUUACAGGCUGGGGAAGAGGAAGGUGAUGAAGAGGAUGAGGUGACCCGGGACAGCUAUGAAGUAAAUCCGAACUUUGAGGGCAUCCCAGUUCCUGAGAUGGCUGAGUCCUUGUCCGUCUGGGUUCAUCAUGUUCAGCACAUCCUGCAACAGGGACGCUGUACUUGGGUGAACUUAGCUGUGAAACCAGAAGAAGAAUCUCAUGAGGAAGAAGAGGCAGAAGAGAGGGAAGAGGAGGCUGAUGAACCUGAGCCAGAGGUUGGACCCCCUCUGCUCACCCCCCUCUCCCAAGAUGCAGAAAUAUUCAACACAACUACCUGGAGCUGCAAGAUGUCAUCCACUCUCACCAGUCAGCAUGCAAUAGCUGUUGUGCGUUCUAAUCUGUGGCCAGGAGCAUAUGCAUAUGCUUGUGGAAAGAAGUUUGAGAACAUAUAUGUUGGUUGGGGUAUGAAGUAUGCAGGAGAAGGGUACAGCCCGCCUGUCCCCCCACUACCAGUGAAAGAAUACCCAAGUGGACCAGAAAUUACUGAGGUCUUGGACCCAACACUUGAGGAGGAACUGGCACUGAAAGAAGCUUUAGAAAAACAGCAAGCUGCUGAGGAGGAGGAGGAUGAAUCAGGUGAAGAGGAGGAGGAAGAUGAUGACUGAGAAAACAACACUACAAGUUUCAUUCCUGUUUUAUCUGUCUAUUAUUUGUUAGUCAGUGGCCAAAUAAAUCAAUCUACUCAGCAACAACUUGAUAUUGUAAUACCAUGCUAAUAUUGUUUAAUAAUAGCCAUGACCAAAUGGUGUGACACUGCAGUGUACCUAAUUUUUGUUGGAGUAACCCUGUGGUUUUAGCAACUACUAGAACU